UUGUUUAGAGGAAGAGGAGGUCGAGGUGGCCGUGGUGGACGCGGCUACCAUCGCGGUGCUGCACCAAAUGAUCGACGAAGUAGCUUUUCUGGUGUGGAAAAGCCUCCUACAGUCUCAGCUGCCAUGAAUAAAUCAGUGGGACCUGAAAAUGAAAUCAACGAACAGAAGCAGAUUAACGAUGAACGGCCAGAUCGACCAGAGCGAAAAGAGCACCACGGCUCUCACGCAUCGUUACGUGGAAGCAGAGCGGGUACUUUACGUAAAAAUCGUGGUAGCUAUCAUAAAGAUAGAACCCCGAGGGCGUCGCGUGAAGAAGAGGCAUCAGACGCGGAACCGCGAAAAGAGUUGCCGAAAACUUCUGAAGAUCGACCAGAACGAAUAGAACGACCUGAAAGACCAGAAACAAUAGAAGAGAAGCCAACGGUGCCUGCCGUGAAAAAAGAAGCAAAGACGACAGCACCUGCAGCUGCAUCAGCGACGUCAACAUCAUCCACAUCGACACAAGAUAAAAAGAAGGAGAAAAAGAAGUCUAAUAAGGUAUUAUAUUGA